AAACUCAAUCCUACUUCCGGUGAAAGCUGUCGUGUUUUGGACUGGUGCAACACAUGUUUACAGACUUGUGUUUGGUGGCUGUGGAAAUAAACUUGGCUUUUUUCUUUGCUGAAAUAGGGAACAGACCCUAUUCUUUGUUUUCAAAAUGCAGAGUGAUGACAUCAUUUGGAGUGUCAUCAACGGCUCCUUCUGUUCCUUCAAAGUAAAAACCAAAAGUCAGAAGUUUUGCAGAAAUGAGUACAGUUUGACAGGCUUGUGUAACAGAUCAACAUGUCCGCUCGCCAACAGUCAGUACGCCACCGUACGGGAAGAAAAUGGCGUGUGUUACCUGUAUAUGAAGACCAUCGAGAGGGCAGCGUUUCCGCGGCGGAUGUGGGAGAAAGUGAAACUGUCGAGGAGCUACGCCAAGGCCUUGAGGCAGAUUGAUGAACAGUUGAUCUACUGGCCUAGGAUCUGAGCGGGCAAGCAGAAGACGGCUCAUCGCAAGAAGAAGAAAGUUCAUCGGAGGAGGAGGCGAAGGGGAGGAAAACGUCCAUGAAAGGAAAGAAGAAAGCAGCGAGGAAGAAGCGGAGAGCUCAGGUCCACAUCGAGUACGAGGAAGAGGAGGCGCCGUCGACGUCCAAGUCACGCGAACUUGCCUUCUGAUUGGUGGCAUUUGUUGAGGCAAGCCGCCUGAUUGGUGGGAUUUGUUGAGGCAAGCCGCCUGAUUGGUGGGAUUUGUUGAGGCAAACCUGAUUGGUGGAAUUUGUUGAGGCAAGCCUUCUGAUUGGUGGCAUUUGUUGAGGGAAGCCGCCUGAUUGGUCGGAUUUGUUGAGGGAAGCUGUCUGAUUGGUGGGAUUUGUUGAGGCAAACACAGCGCGGCCUGCAGUUUUUCUGACGGUCUCAGUUUCUCCCACAGCGGCUGGGUUCGGAUCUGUGACAACUUCCUACAAGACUUUUAGCGACUGUGUGUGUACGAGGGAUGGGGGGGGGGGGGGAGAUCAUGUUAAUAAAAUGUACAGAUUCUUCAAAA